CCCGCUGUCCCGCUGUCCCGCUGUCCCGCUGUCGCAGAGGCGGCGGGCCCGUGUCCCGCGGAGGGCUGCGCGCUGCGGCGCGGCCGCAAGAAGCGCGUCCCGUACAGCAAGGGGCAGCUGCGGGAGCUGGAGCGGGAGUUCGCCGGGAGCCGCUUCAUCACCCGCGAGCGCCGCCGCCGCAUCGCCGCCGCCACCGGCCUGAGCGAGCGCCAGGUCACCAUCUGGUUCCAGAACCGCCGCGUCAAGGACAAGAAGCUGCUGGCCAAGGGCAAGGCCAGCGCCGGCGGCACGGCCUGAGCGGGCCGGGCCACCGGGACACCGGGACACCCGCGGGACACCGGGAACCCUGCGGGGCACCGGGAACACCGCGGGACACCGGGAACACCGGGAACCCUGCGGGACACCGGGAACACCCGCGGGACACCGGGAACACCGGGAACCCUGCGGGGCACCG